AGUGUCGUGUGUAUAACUGUGUGAGAUGGAAAGUGUGUGAGAGAGAGUAAGUGUGUGUGUCACGGGUUUAUCUUGAAAGGCUCUUAUUUCACAGUCCUAGAUCAGACACACAGACACAUAUUCUCUUCUUCCUCUCUACAAAAUCGAGGCUGCCCCUGCCCUUCUACCUUCGUCUCUAUCUCUCUCUAGAAUCAUCAAUAAUUUGAAACUUCAAGAUUUUACCUUUCUCUCUCUCUAGAAUCUUUAAGAAGAAACACACCAGAAGAACAAUCAAACGAAACUUAGUGUUUUUAAUGGCGAUGAUGUUAGAUCAUAGCUCAUGUGAUGGUGGGAUACUAUUGUCGUUAGAUUCCCACAAAGCAGUCCCUGCACCUUUUCUAACGAAAGCUUAUCAACUUGUUGAUGAUCCGACUACCGAUCACAUCGUCUCGUGGGGCGAAGACGACACUACGUUCGUAGUCUGGCGCCCGCCCGAGUUCGCUCGUGAUCUCCUUCCGAACUACUUCAAACACAACAACUUCUCCUCGUUUGUUCGCCAACUUAACACCUAUGGUUUUCGAAAAAUAGUACCGGAUAGAUGGGAGUUUGCAAAUGAGUUUUUCAAAAAAGGAGAGAAGCAUUUAUUAUGUGAGAUCCACCGCCGGAAAACAUCUCAACCACAAGUAACCCUCAACCACCACCAUCCACAUCACUUCACCGGCAUUAACGGUGGCGGUUUACACGGCGGCAAUGGUAAUAAUAUCUUUACAUAUCAACCUACACGCAGCAUCUCUCCACCGGACUCCGACGACCACUUAUACUCCGAUAACUCACCCCCUCUAGCCUCCCCCACCACCACGGCUACCGCGGGUAUGCUCGGAAUCUUCCACAACACCGCUAGAGGCGGCAACUCGGUAACCGCGUUAUCGGAGGAUAACGAACGGCUACGGCGGAGUAAUAAUAUGUUAAUGUCGGAGCUUGCACACAUGAGGAAGCUUUACAAUGAUAUAAUAUAUUUUGUGCAAAAUCAUGUGAAGCCUGUGACACCAAGUAAUUCAUACCCAUCAUCACUUCUUCUAUCUUCAAAUAAUGCAAACAUUAAUGUUAAUAAAUCCCAACAACUUCAUGGUUCUACUAUGAACAACAACGUUGUUGAUGACAACAUUAAUGUUUGUAAAACAAAGCUUUUUGGAGUUCCAUUAUUGUCGAAGAAGAGACUGCAUCCAGAGUACGGGAAUAAUAAUAAUGGUAAUAAUACAAUGGUGGAGACUCAUAAAGCAAGGUUGGUUCUUGAAAAUGAUGAUUUAGGUUUAAAUCUUAUGCCACCUUCUCCUUGUUGACUCCUUCUUUGUACUUGGAAAGAAUUUAUUGAUCAAGAAAUCUUGUUUAGUUCAGUUAGAAAAUAUAAUUUUAGUUAUCUUACUACAUUAUAUCAUUUAACAGUACUAUUUAUUUUGGUGUGA